CGAUCAACGACCAACGAUCAACGACCAACGACCAACGACCAACGAUCAACGACCAAAAACACUUCCAUCAACUAAACCACUACCCCACGACUCAUCCAUCAAUCUCGACCCAUAAAUCACAUCCCGCAACCACCGCCAACACCCCCCCGACGUUCGUUUCCUCGAAAACGGAUGUCGCACGCCUCAUCCUGAAAUGCGAUGUCGAAUGAGGUCGUGCUUGCCGCUCGCAAGCAACUAACGUCGAGUCGCGAGAACGACAUCGAAAUCAUAGAGCGAUCGCGCAAGCGCAAACUCCGCGAACUGUACGCCGUCGCGACCUGCGAUGGCCCCAUCCCGCUGCCUGCCUUCCUCGAUCUCAACGCCCCCAUUUCCGAGGCCACGCCCGCCGAGCGCGCUUUCUUAAGCCUGAAUGAUAUCAAAGAAGGUCUCAUCUUGAAGGAACACACGAUCCCCUCGCGCCGCCGCCUCCGAUCCGAUGCGCCCAGAACGUCGGUGGGAAUCGAUAAGUCGAGUCUAGCUCCGCGGACGGGUGCGCCGCUGGAUUACGCUCAAAGAGAUGGGAGGCAGUCGCUGCAGGAACGGCCGAAAACAGAUGCCUCCUACAACACCGGGCCUUUGUACGUCAAGGUACCUGCGACUAUUGAACGACCUUUGUCCCGGACGCCACCGCGAGGAUUGCAGGAUGGAAAGGCCGCUGGGGCGAGACGGAAAUCAAUCCCUCGCGAGGAGGCGCUGAGGAUCGAUCGAGCCGUGGCGACGAAUCCGACGGCCUUGUUGGAUGCUGCUGUUGAUGAGACGCUGGGCGAUGCGAUUUUCAAUGCGAAUAACCCGCCGGCGCCUGCCAAGGACGAUACACCGACCCGCGAGGCGUUGGAGAAGGACCGCGUCGUCAAGAAGGCUGAAGCUACGCCCGAUACGCCUGGUGUUGAUCCGAACGUGGCGAUUCCAAAGUCGGCGAAGGAUGCGGCACAACUACCAGGUCUUAUAGUUAAUGGCGCCAACGACUCUACCCACAAGCCGUCGACUGUCCAUCUACCGCCGCAGGAAGCGCAGGAGGCGGGGAUGAAGGAGAGGGAGGAGCAGAGGCAUGCUAUUAGGGAGGAAAGGCCUGCUGAUGCGGCUGCGGCGAGGUUGGCCCUCGAGGUGCCUGCUCAGCAUGAUAGACAGACUCAAGCCGAUGUUGCCUCGUCCCCUGGAUCAACAGUCGGACCACUCUCAGCAACGACGUCGGCUCACCAUCACGAGACCUCAGCGGACACGAGCCCGGACAACGAGGCUCACCACUACGACCAAGAAGUGGCGGAGGAGAAGGUCAUCCCGGAAACCCCACCCGAGCUGGCCCCUACCCAGGAAGAGGUGCGGGAGAAGGAUGCACAUGAUAGGAUACUAAAAGCACAGAUCGACGUUGCGCGCGAGCACAUCCUCGGAAGCAGCCCCACCGCUGCUGAUACGCAGUUAUUGGAAGAGCAGGCUGCGGCUGCCUCGACUAUUCCUGGGAAGGAAGGAGCUGCCCGUCCCGCUAAGGCUGAGGUCGAUGGACAACAGCCCGAGGUUAGGGAGUUGGUGGGGGCUCCGGAGACGGCGAAUGAACUCAUGGAUGAUGAGAAGGAUCAGGAUGAGGUUGUGGGUGUUCCGACUCCGGAUGAGAAGGUGCCUGAGCCAGCGGCUGUUGAGGCACUGAGGAAGGAAACUGUGCCGCAGCCUCCUGCUGAGGAGGUACCUGAGCCUAUGGACGUCGAUGUGCUGGAGCCAGCCCAGGCCAAGGGGAAGGAGGUUGAACAGACUGCUCCAGCUCCAGAACCUAUGGAAGUUACGGAGUCAACGAAGCCUGCGCCUGCCAAACCUGAGGAGCCUAAAGAGCCAUCUUCGGAACGUGCGACUUCGACUUCGGUGUCGACUCCAUCCAUUGAGCGGAUGACGACCCGUGUUGCAUCUGGUGCGAUGAGGCACAAGUCUGUCUCGGAGAUCCUAGGAGAAACUCCACGACCAAGCUCGAUGAACACACCGGAAAGAACACCAGGGCGUGCUCUCGCCGAAGCCGAUUUGAACCUCCCAUCAGGGACAUCUACACCAAAAUCCGCCUCGUCACGGAUGCGAAGCCUGACCGAGCGCGCGCGCGAGAAGGAGCGCAGCAAGCUCUCUACCGUCGUAUUCGCGAAGCAGCCAGUGACCAAAGACACCAAGACGUCGGCACUAGUCAGCGCGACCGCCAAGCCACAGGGGACCGAGUACCCCGACUACUUCAUGCCCUUAAUCAACGCCCAAAGCUACUCCGCCAUCCGCGGCUACCAAACCCUCGAAGCCCUCCUCGCGAGCGCCCACAAGACAAUCACCACCACCAACGCCGCCCUCCCCUUCCACGAAGCGCAGGCACAGAAGAUCAUCCGCCGCAUCCACAGCCUGCAGAACCACGAUAAGUGGUCCCUCCGCCAGCCGAAGCGCAGCCCGGAGCCGAUCCGCCCGACGACGCAUUGGGAUGAGCUGCUGAAGGAGGCGAGGUGGAUGAGGACGGAUUUCAGGGAGGAGCGGAAGUGGAAGACGGCGUUGGCGAGGAGGGCGGCGUGGGAGUGUGCCGCGUGGGUUAAUGGGGAUCAGGAGCAGAGGGAUGUGUUGCAGCGGAAGGUGGUGGUUUUGGAGUCGGUGGAGAGGGGGGACGAGAUGGUGGUGGAUGCGGGGGAUGUGGAGGUCGAGGCGAGUGCUGAGGCUGUUGCUGAUGCUGGGGAGGUUGAGGUGACUGCUGACGGCAUUGUUGAUACUGAUGCUGAGAUGUCGCAUCCUACGCCCGAUCUUGUCCCGUCUUCGGAUAACGAUACCCCGCUUGAUGAGUUCGAUGAUGAGCCUCGUAUUAGUCUCCUCGAGACUGUUGCGCCGACUGCCAUCUUCUCGCUGGACAAUGACGACUUGGUGUUUGGACUUUCAAGGUCGGCGGCUUCGGAUAAACUCCUCCAGGAGCUUCCGAUGUAUGGUGCGCCGUUGAAGGUUCAUCAGAGCGACCUGCCUACUUCGGAGGUUGACCCUGAUGCCUCGUGGAGGAAGCCGUAUCUGCCACUCAGCAAGUAUAUUGAGGGCAAGAUCCGCUUUACCGACGAACCGCCACCACGGAAGAAGAGCCGAUACGAGUACGCCGAGGAGUCCGAUGAUGAGGACGAGGUUGUCUUUGGGGAACGUACGCAGCGAAAGCCACAGGAGCCGUUGCAGGUCGAUGUUGCACUGUUUAAUCCGGAGAACAAGCAUAUUAGGGAUCGCAUCCACGCUGGCCACCAGUUCAGGCCUCCAUCGGAAUUCCCAAUGCCCCUCCAGAGCUUCUUUGAGAACAGACAUCCGUCGCAGUGGACGUGGGCUGAAGAUGAUGAGCUGAAGCAGCUGGUGAGGGAGUAUCAAUACAACUGGUCUCUCAUCUCGAGUAUGUUGACGUCGAAGGGGGUGUAUUACACUGCUGCUGAGCGUCGCACGCCAUGGGAGUGCUUUGAGCGCUGGAUUCACCUGGAAGGACUACCCGCCGACAUGCAAAAGACUCAUUACUUCAGGGCCUACAACAACCGCCUGGAAGCAGCACAGCGAUCGCUACUCCUACAGAUCCAAGCACAAGCCGCCCAGCCACCACCAGCAGUUGGUUCCGCCCCACCCCGACAGAUCCGCCGCAGCACAACCAGCCUGCGCGUCGAGCGCCGCCGCAACCAGAAGCACCUCACGCUCGUGGACUCGAUGCGCAAGGUGGCCAAGAAGCGCGAGACGACGGCGCAGAAGCAGCAGCAGGCGCAGAGCCUGGCGAACAUGCGCAAGGCGAACGAUACGCCCGUGCAGCCGAUUAAUAAGCACACCCCGGCGCAGUUUAGCAAGAUUAAGCAUGAUAGAGAGCAGGCGAUCUUGGAGCAGAAGGCGAGGUUGGUGCAGCAGCAGGAGGCACAUCGAAGGGCGCAAGUACAGGCACUCCGAAACCAGCAGCCUAACAUGCAGAUGGGCUACCCCGGCGGCCAAAACCAGCAACAGCGUGGUAACCCGAACAUGAACGCCCCCCCGCCCCCAAACAUGGGCAACAACGCCCAGAACAACCGCCCCGCCAACCUCUCCGUGCCAGGCCAAAACCACCACCUCCAACAGCAGCAGCAGGCCAUGCAACAACUCCCCAACGGCAUGGGCGCACCCAUGCCCAUGCCCAACAUCCAUCUGGGUAUGGGGCCCAUGCCACUAAAGGGUGUACCGCAACAGGCGCAGAUGGGAAUGCAAGGGAUGCCCAUGGGCCCCGCGCACCGCCUCCCUGCACCGAACGCGACGCCUGAUCUUAGUCUUGUAAUGCAGGCGCAGCGGAUCUCGCAGCAGCAGCGUGCGGCGGUGCAGAUACAGCAGCAUCAGGGAGGAGGGGGGCAGCAGACUAUGCACUCUUCCCCACCUAAUGCCAUCCGCGGCCUUCCGAACAUGGGUGCACCAAACCAACAACAAGCGUUCAUGCCUACGAACGGCAUGUCGCCCAACCCAAUGCAACAGCAGCAUUUCGCCGGCUCACCACCCAACUCCGCGGCAGCAGCGGCACUCCAGGGCUCGCCCCGCUUGAACCCACAGUACGCGCAGCUAGAAGCGUCGUAUCGCGCCAAGUUCCCGGCCGCGACGCCGGAGCAGGUACGCAAGAUGGUCGCGGAUGCGCUUGGGAAUGCGCAGAGGCAGGCGGCGAUGCAUGCUGCCGCCGGAGGGGGGGUGCAGGGGAUGCAGGGCAGCUCGCCGGUGCAGUAUGCGCAGAUGCUUAGGGCGCAGCAGGAGAGGCAGGCUGCGGCGGUGGCGGCGCAGGGGAUGCAGCAGGGGGGUGGACAGCAGCAGGGCCAAGGGCAAGGACAGCAGCAGCAAGGGCAGGGAGGACAGGGACAGGGAGGACAGGGCCAGGGACAGCAGGGGAUGCAGCAGGGAGGACAACAGCAGGGGAUGGGACAGCAGCAGGGUAGUGGCGGGCUGCAGCCUCAGCAGAUGCAACAGCAGCGGAGUGGGAGCGCGACGUCUGCGGGGACGAAAUAGGGGGAGGGAGUUCUGGAGUUGAGCGGGUGAGAUGUGGAGAGUUCUGUGAGGUGUUUGUGUAUAAAUAAGCGUUCGUACGUUUGGUGCGUGCGUGGCUAUUGAUUUGGCGGGGGAGGGAGGGAAAUUACUGGCCUACUGGCUGGACGGGAUGGAUGGGAUGGAUUGCUAGAUGGACGGAUGGGAUGGAUGCAAAGGAAUGGCUGACUGAGUGCUAUUACUUCUACAGUUUGGGAGCCGACGAACUAGGUAGUUUGCUCUCCUCACGGCGUCGUCGUUGUGGUCCCAUUUUAAGACACAUGGGGACGAGUAUAUAUUUUUGUAAUAAAUUACCCUUUC